CCGUCUGCAUUUCUGUUUUUGACCCGUGCCGUGAACUUUCGUGCAAGAAGUGGGUAUGAGUCUCUUAAGAAGUGCGAUCAAACUCUGUCCCAGCCUGGCAGCGGGGUGCACCGUUUCAUCAUGCCGGUCCGUGCACGCGAGUCGAUCGCUGUGCCACCCGCUCAUACCGAUCGUAAUCGAGCAGACCGGGCGUGGGGAGCGAGCCUACGACAUCUACAGCAGGCUACUCAAGGAGCGCAUCGUGUGCGUCAUGGGUCCCAUUUCGGAUGAGAUGUCCAGCCUGGUCGUGGCGCAACUACUGUUCCUACAGUCCGAGAGCAACAAGAAACCAGUGCACAUGUACAUAAACAGUCCAGGUGGAUCGGUCACAGCCGGCCUGGGCAUCUACGACACGAUGCAGUACAUCAUGCCACCCAUCGCAACAUGGUGCAUUGGCCAGGCCUGCAGCGCAGCCAGUCUCUUGCUUUGUGCUGGCACGCCAGGCAUGCGCCAAUCCCUGCCGAACUCACGCAUCAUGGUCCACCAGCCGUCUGGGCACGCUGCCGGUCAGGCAACAGACAUCCAGAUCCACGCUGAGGAGAUCCUGAAGCUUAAACGGGUCAUCAACAAUAUCUACGCGAAGCACACUAAACAGCCACUGGAGGCCAUAGAAAGUGCCAUGGAGAGGGAUCGGUUCAUGAGCGCCGCGCAGGCCAAGGAGUUCGGCCUCAUCGACAAUGUCCUGGAGCACCCGCCGACGCUUGACGCACCGGCCGAGACAAGCUAGCCCACGUCAUGCUCGUCAUAUGCCCUUUUGUACAUUUGUAACAACUUCCGCUCAAUGAGAUAGCAGUAAAGCAGAGAACAUUUCUCCA